AGUCAUCAAGAGGCCAGAGAAGCACAAAGAACAAUCCAGAGAAGCAAACUGUCCACCAGGUCUGCAGGCUUUUCCACCAAAAUGCUUUCCCCAACUGCGAGGACCAGGCAGCUGAAUGGCACUUGUGCCAGCUCGGUGGACAUGGAGCUCUUCCUCCAUUACUCCCUCAUCCCAUCACUUGUCAUCAUUUUGGUCUUGUCGUUUCUCCAAAGACGAGAGCACCAUAGGCAGAGAGAUGACACUUCUUACCUCCUAGGGAACCACUUCGGACUGAUCAUACCCCUGGACUUUGUGGGCACUUUUAGUAACCGAUGGUCCUAUGGAGUUGCCUUUGGGGCCACAGCCAAUAAGGUCAUGUUCUUGUUCUCAGAAGGCUACCAGCCCCUGCAGGUCCCGCAGUGGGCCCAAGCCUUUGUGCUCCUGAUAGGAGGCAUCGAAGUCGGCCUGUGUCACUUCCCCUUCUUUGCCUGCCUCUCGUCAGAGUUCCGGCUGGUCAGCUCCAUCCUGGGCUUCAGCUACUCUCUGAUCUGGUUUGCUGUCACCAUGCUUUACAUCAUACAGUGUCCCCAUGGAGAGUUUGUGGGAAGAUAUGAGACCAUCAUGUUCUAUUGGCCUUCACUGCUGUGCCUGGCCUUCCUGCUGGGCCGCUUCCUGCACAUGUUUGUCAAGUCUCUGAGGGUUCACCUGGGCUGGGAGCUCCAGAUUGAAGAAAAGCCUUUCUUGGAAGUUCACCAGGCAGAGCAUGUCAAGCAGCUCCUGAGGAAGUGCCCCCUGCAAGAGAGAGAAAAGUCUUGGUUCCAAACCAGGAUAUAUGAGUGGGACUCCUCCUUUCAGUUCCCAAGCAGAAUGAUUGGAACCACUGUGUUGGCUUUCAUCUGCCUGUACCUUUUCAUUGUCAUUGAGUUCUGCGUGUUCGUGUAUGUGAGAGAUGAGCUGGACGUGUUUGAACGUGAAUUAGAGGGCUACGUUGCCUCCAUGAACCAGACAGGGACCCUGACCCCAGUCCUCCUGCAGGUGAAAGAGCUGAUUAACGUCACCAAAGGAGUCUGGUUGGUGACCAUUUUGCCUGCCUCCCUCACGUGUGUGAGCUAUCUGUUCCACAUCUUGGCUUGCUACAGAAAGCAUAUGAAGAGGUUGUGGGCAGGAGAUAAACAAUUUCUCCCUCUGAAGUUCCACAGUCCUUCCUCAUCAGAGAGUGUGGUGGCCAUCGCAAGGUACUCUGGCUGGCAGAUCGCCUAUAUUCUGUGGGGUUACCUCAUCAUCCACGUGAUGCAGAGCCUGUGUGGCGUGGUGAUCAUGUACAGCCUGGUGCUGCCUGUCAUCCACAAUCAGGCCAUGGCGAUGCUCCGAGGACUGGGCAUCGGCACCCUCACCAUAUCCAUCGUCCUGGGUCUCAUGGUCAUGCAGGUAUGGAUCGCUGCCAGCUUCUUCCUACAACCAAAGAUGGGACCAGCUGACAAGCAGAAGCCAUUGGCGCUCAACAACAGGAGAGCGUUCCACAACUUCAACUACUUUCUGUUCUUCUAUAACGUGCUGCUGGGCCUGGGCGCCUGCCUCUCCCGGCUUCUCAUCAGCUGCAUCCUGGGCACGUGGCUGAUUGCCCGCAUCGACAGGACCAUCCUGCAGAGUGGCUAUGAGGGAGCAGACCUGGGGUUCAGUGCAUGGAUCGGCAUGCUCUAUGUGGACCAUUAUCAUGCCAACCCUGUGCUUGUCAGCUUCUGUCACAUCUUGAUCACAAGCCACAGGGAGAGGAGGCAACAGCAGGCCAUCAAAUACUGGUACCUAAAUCCGUCAGCAGGUCCCCGCAUCUCAGUGAGGUCCAGGACAAGGUGGCUCCUGCUGCAGACCCUGAUCAACAACCCUGGACUGAUCAAACUCAGAAAAUCCAGGCCAGGUCACAGCUCCCAGGAGUUUACUCAGAUUCUGUUGACAUGCUCGGAAAGCUGACACUGACCUGCAACAUUAUGACAAGGCCAUUUCAGGAUGACUGCCCCUGGGAAGACCCAGACCACCCAGCAGCUGUCCCCUGCAGUGUAACGGGAUGCACAGCCACUGUCCAGGCAGAUGGCACACAGAACAGCCACUCUUGGAAUGGUACUUGGGCCGAACAAUGAAGUUUCAUCUCAGGUCUAAUUCAUUCCCUUGGUAAAAAGAUGAAGAACUAAAGAGAAUUUCUAUUGAACAAACUUUGCCUAAUGAUGAUUUACACUAUACAUGGUUAGGAGGCAGCCUUGGGGGGUUCCAAGUUGAGGAACAUUUAGUGUGACCACAAGACAGAACUUUGUGUCACCGAAAAAGGUGGAAAAAUGUUUAUAUC